CAAAAGUUUGAUGUACUAAAUUUCUCUAAAAGCAAACAAAUUGAUAAAAUAAGCAAAUGCUUGAUCAGAUUCCAUCGUUUCGCGAUGGAUAUCAUGGCGUUUGUGUUCGUACGAGAAUGUAAACAAUGGAAUUGACGUAACAAAUUAGCUGAAUUUUUGUAAACUAGUCUAUUUUCGAGGUAUGGAAUUUGUUGCCACAAAACGACGCAAAAAGUGGAAGAAAAAGCGAUACGUGAGGAGAAAACGACUGCACGAGCGAAUUAAAGUUGAGGUUAAAUCCGCGAAGCGUUGGGAAGUGUUGCCAGAAUAUAUUAAUGCUUUCGGAGCGCGAGAAACACUAGAAACGAGCACGAUGCAGGCUGAUACUUUUUGGAAAAAUUAUGCAAUAGCUCAGGAAUGGCAAAAAAGACAUAGUAUAACCUGGUGGAGAUCACGCUGCCUUGCUCUUGAAUACGAGAAUGAAAUGCUGCGCAAUAAAGUGAGAUUCUUAGCUCAGCAUCGUACCUAUCCUAAUACAGUAAUAAUUCAGGAAAAUAAUCAUUAUAAAAAAAAUAAUAAUAAAAAUGCACAGGAAGACAACUAUACAGAAUGCAAUUCAGACAUGGAAGAUGUUGAGUUUAAUGUGACUGAAGAUAUGCUAAAAUUUUUUGAGACAAGCGAGAGACAUAGAAGACAAUUGAAGCAAAAACAAGAACCUAAUAAGAUUGCGCAUAAGAAGGAAUACCUUGUAGAAGAAAUUCCCAUCAUUGAUAGCGCUGAAAGCAUCCGUACAAGAAAAGAGGAAGCAGACUUGUUGUAUGGUGAUGAUAGUUCGAAAAUAUUAGCAAUGGAAACUGCUUUGCAAGAUGCAACAAACAAAUAUAAAGAUAUUGUUAAUCCUCAAUAUUGGCCCAAUAUUCCUCUCAAACCUUGAAAUAAUCAAGCUAAUCUAGUAUUUUAUUUUCAAGUUUAAUGUAUUUUGAACACUUAAAAAAAAUAUAUUAUUUUAAUACAUCA